AUGAGCUCACUUGCAUCGGGGCUUUUCAAAUCCCUCCCCAAGCCCAAAUACACCGGCGAGGAAGAAGAGCUACCGGCGCACGCGCAACCCCGGGGUCCGCGUGUGGUGGGCGCCGACCAGCUCGACGAAACACAAGUUGUCCUACGGAGAACCGGUCCUCCCCCUUAUGGAAACCGUGCAGGAUGGCGACCGCGGGCGCCCGAAGAUUUUGGCGAUGGCGGUGCUUUUCCGGAAAUUCUCGUCGCGCAAUAUCCCCUUGACAUGGGCCGCAAGGGGACGUCAUCUACUUCGAAUGCGCUAGCCGUGCAGGUUGAUGCGGAGGGAAAAGUCAAAUACGAUGCGAUCGCGCGGCGCGGACACGGUGACAACCACAUUGUUCAUGCUUCGUUCAAGGAUCUGAUCCCGCUCCGGCAGCGGGUGGAUAUGGGAGAGGUUUCUUUGGAUCGGCCUUCGGAGGAGGAGGUCCAGGAGCAGAUGGAGAAGACCAAGAGUGCGCUGGCAAGCUUGGUCGAGGGAGCUGUGUCCGCGCAGAAGCCGAAGAACGUCAAGGGCGGAAAGAGGGCAGAGCCGACUUUUGUGCGAUACACCCCGGCGAAUCAAAUGGGUGACAACACGAACAAAAAUGAUCGCAUCAUGAAAAUCGUCGAGAGACAGCAGGAUCCGAUGGAGCCGCCCAAGUUCAAGCACAAGAAGAUUCCCCGUGGCCCGCCGUCCCCUCCGCCGCCGGUCAUGCACUCUCCGCCCCGUAAGCUGACCGCGGAGGACCAAGAAGCCUGGAAAAUUCCGCCUCCCGUAUCGAAUUGGAAGAAUCCGAAGGGUUAUACGGUCCCCUUGGACAAACGUCUAGCCGCGGAUGGCCGUGGACUGCAGGAAAAUACGAUCAACGACAAGUUCGCCCAGUUCGCAGAGGCCCUGUUCACAGCGGACCGGCACGCGCGCGAGGAGGUGUCGCUCCGAGCUCAGAUGCAACAGAAGCUGGCAGAGAAGGAGAAAGCACAGAAGGAGGAGCAUCUUCGACAGCUGGCACAGAAGGCCCGCGAGGAGCGCGCCGGUCCCAGCCAGCAGCGCGCUUCACGGGCAAGAUCCACUUCUCGAAGUGUCAGCCGCAGUCCGUCUCCAUACUCCUCUAGGUCAGGUUCCCCAAGUGGUGACGAGGCGGCACGGGAACGCGAGGAGCAGCGCCGUGAGCGGCGCCAGGAGGCUCAGCGACAGCUUCGCCAGUCCCGCAUGGGUGCUGAACGUCGCAUUCAGACUAUGGCGCGUGAGCAAAACCGUGAUAUCUCCGAGAAGGUCGCGCUGGGUCUGGCCAAACCGACACAGAGCUCCGAGUCCAUGUGGGAUUCCCGUCUAUUCAACCAAACUAGCGGUAUGCAUGCCGGUUUCAACGAAGAUAACCCCUACGAUAAGCCGCUGUUUGCCGCGCAGGACGCCAUCAACAGCAUCUACCGCCCCCGAGCGCAAGUUGACGCCGACGAUGAAGAAGCCGGCGAGGGUGAAAUGAGCAAGCUCCAGAAGACCAACCGAUUCGAGGUUCUGGGACGGGCCAAAGAGGGUUUCAAGGGCGCUGCUGAUGCAGAGGAACGCCAGGGUCCCGUUCAAUUCGAGAAGGACACGGCCGAUCCGUUCGGUAUUGACAGCAUGAUUGCCGAUGUGACUUCAGGCGCUGGUCAAAAACGCUAUGGGAUCCAGGAAGCUGAACGGGAUGACCGCGGCUCGAAGCGGGCGAGAGUCGAAGAGGAUGAUUAG